AUGGAUAGUGAGAGUGGAAUCCCAAUUUUAGAUUUUCGUAAGAGCACAAGAAUAAUUUUAGAAGAAGGAAGUCAAGGAUGGAAAGAAAUGAGUAAGAAAGUAAUAGAAACAUUUGAGAGUCAUGGUGUUUUUCUCUUAAGGUGCGAUGAAAUACCGAAUAAAUUACAAAAGGAAAUGUUCACAUGCAUGAAAUCUUUGUUUGAGCUACCUGAGGAGACGAAGCUAAAGUUCUCAGACUCAAGGCUUGCUAGGGGAAGCAAGAUUUCGUUCAUUCCCCAUAGUCAAUCAUUUGGAAUUGAAGAUGCUUUUAAACUAGAAACAACUCAAAAUUUCACUAAUCGCAUGUGGCCAGAAGGAAAUCCAACAUUUUGUGAGACACUAUUUUCUUUUGUCUCAAAAGCACGAGAACUAAACUCCCUUAUCCUAAAGAUGAUUGUGGAGGGAUUUGACCUUCUUGAAAAGUACAAUUUAGAAAUUGAAAAGUUAAGCAGCGACACUAAUUCACGAUUGACAAUGUACCAAUUUUCGGUAGAAAACAAAGACUCUGCAGUUACUUUUGUGCCUCACACCGACAAAAGCACCAUAACCCUUAUAUGCGAGAAUGAAAUCCAAGGCUUACAGGUGUUACAAAAAUCGGGCAAUUGGGUUAACGUAAAUGUUCCUUCAAAUGGAUUUGUUGUAAUUGUUGGUGACAUAUUGCAGACAUGGAGUAAUGGAAGAUUUGAAGCACCUAUGCACAGAGUUGUGCUAAAAGGAGACAACAAAGAAAGAUUUGUAUUUGUUCUUUUUUCAUUUCCAAAAAAAGACACACUCAUUAAAAUUCCUUCUGAGUUGGUAGAUGAAGAAGAUCACCCUCUCCGUUACAAGUCAUUUAAAUAUGAGGAGUUCAUCAAUUUUAUUAACACAACUGGUACUAAAGAGGGAGCACUUGAAGAAUUUGCUGGACUUUGA